AUGAACUAUGAUUCAAGUUCUUCUAGUUCAGGUUCUGAGUUUUUUAAUUACAUGGUUCAAGAUUACAUAGAAUGGAGUCAAUCCGUUGAUGCUGAGCAACAAAAUGAAGAAGAAAUUGUACCCCGCACUAGAAAUUUUGUGCGUAGGGAACGUGAGGAAGCUCAUGAAAGAUUGUUUCAUGAUUAUUUCAGCAACGAACCUCUAUACCCCGAAAAAUUUUUCGUCGUAGUUUUGUAUGCAUGGCAUGUUUUCCUUCGUAUUGUCGAAGAUGCUACUGGAAGGAUGGGUGCAUCUAAACUACAAAAAUGCACAGCGGCUAUCAGGAUGUUGGCAUAUGGUUCAUCAUCUGAUGCUGUUGACGAGUACCUGAAAAUUGCUUCAAGUACCAGAGAAUGCCUUCUUCAUUUUGUCGAAGCGGUUGUUGCUAGAUUUGGAGAUGAAUACUUGAGGAAGGCAAAUGCAAAUGACAUUUAA